CCCUGCCGGCGGCGGCCGCUGGGGGCUCCCGCCGCGGCGGCUCGGCCCGCCAUUGUCGGGGGCAUGGAGGGCGAGAGCACGUCUGCCUUGUUGUCGGGCUUCGUCUUCGGCGCCCUCGCCUUCCAACACCUCAGCACCGACUCGGACACGGAAGGUUUUCUCCUUGGAGAUGUGAAAGGUGAAGCCAAGAACAGCAUUACUGACUCACAAAUGGAUGAUGUUGAAGUUGUGUAUACAAUCGACAUACAGAAGCAUAUUCCAUGCUACCAGUUGUUCAGCUUUUAUAAUUCUGCAGGAGAACUGGACGAACUUGCACUGAAGAAAAUAUUAUCAGGCUGUAAGAAGAAUGUAAUAGGAUGGUACAAAUUCAGACGUAACACAGACCAGGCCAUGACAUUCCGGGAAAGACUUCUUCAUAAGAAUUUACAGUCACACCUAUCAAACCAGGGCCUUGUAUUCCUGUUAUUAACUUCUAGUGUUAUGACAGAAAGUUGUUCUACUUACAGACUGGAACAUGCCUUACAUCGGCCACAAGAAGGUCUUUUCCAGAAAGUUCCUUUGGUGGUUACCAACUUGGGUAUGGCAGAACAGCAAGGUUACAGAACAGUAUCUGGCUCCUGUGUAUCGUCAGGGUUUGUGAGAGCAGUGAGACAACACAGGUCAGAAUUCUUUCAUGAAGAUGGGUCCUUACAAGAGGUUCACAAGAUAAACGAGAUGUAUGCCACCUUGCAGGAGGAACUGAAGAAAAUAUGCUCUACAGUAGAAGUCAGUGAACGAUCUGUAGAGAAACUCUUAGCAGAGGUGACCCAAUUAAAAGAAGAAAUCAAGAGGAAAAAGCAACAGACUUGUUCAGAAGUCACAGACUGCGCAGGAGAGCCAAAGGAGAAUGUUCUCCUUUGUCAGGCACUGCAAACUUUUUUCCCCAAUUCUGGACUUCAGGCAUGUAUUGUUUCCUUGAAAGGCCAACAUAUACCAAAGAACUGCUGUAACAUUGACCAUAACAUUAAUGUCAAGGACAAACUAACUCUCAUGGUAGAGGAAAAGGACGUCACUGAAGCUGAAACAAGACACUUAACCAAGCGUAAAGUCAGAUGGACCACAACAGGAUCAAAGUCAUUCAAGAAAUCCAGAUCACUGCAGCUUCACCAAAAAUUACUUCAAGACCAAGAGGACAGUGACCAGGAAAGGAAGCUUACACUGAGUAGUACUGGAACAGAUGAGGAUUCAUUUGACAAGACAGACACAAAUGAAUACCCACAAUCUCCUACUUUCUGAUCCAUUAAAGAUUUGUCCAGAUCCAGACCUCCCACCAAGAGCUACUGCCAGCAUACUCAAGUGACAUAUCGAUUUAUAGUACUGCAGGGAUGAAAGUAUCAUAGUGCAUUUUUGCAAAACAGUUGUUUUUUUUUUUAACUCCAAUGGAUGAAUCCUGUUUGGCACAGAGACAAGUCCAGAUGACAUUCCCUCAUUUUGCCUUACAGGGCUAGAUCUGUAUUCUCUCAGGGUUUAAAGACUAUAGUAGCAGUAUGUUAUUAGUCAUAUAACCAUAUCACAUACUGCCUCAGAGUAAUACAACUUGAAGCUGCUGCUGGAGAAGUGGUAACAUGCUUACCAGAAUUCUGUUUGCAUAAACUGUCACAAUUUAACUACUUUAAUCUCUCUUUAGGUAUCUAGUACUUGUUUAUUCCUCCCCUUUCCAAUCCUACAAGGGAAAGAACAGCCACCUCAACUUUGGCAAGACUUUAAGUGGAGGAAGCGGUCCAUGCAGCUGCCAAUUUUUGUUGUUGCUUUCAUCUUCUGUACUUCUGACAAUAUAUUCUAGAGAUGUGGCACUUCAUAAAAA